UGACAUUAGAAAAAGACAUGUACUGAUGGAGAAGGCAAUUUAGGUACCGGUACACAUGUUUAAUCUUCUGUCCUGGAAAUUCCUAACCAGCUCAACGACUGUAAUUAAAUAAAGUGUAUUAUGGCUUAUCAGAUGAGUUCUGCCUUGAAAGAAAGAUUGAAAAGAUGUGGAAGAUACCAUAUAUCUACACCAUCUCCAAAGCGAAUAUGUGGAAAAUCUGUGCACCAAUUAGAAAAUGAAGAAUGUACAGCUACAAGUGAUAAUUUAUCCUCUGUUAAAUGCCUUUCAUCAUCUGUAGAUAUUGUGAAAAAACAAAUCACUCCUAGUCGUUUUACAUCACCUCUUCCAAAUAUUCAAACUCUAAAUGUUGUUACAUCUUCAACAUCUUGUUCUGUAAAGCUUUCUAGUCCUCUAUCAAGCAGUUUUACAUCACCUCUUCCAAAUAAUCGAACACCAAAUGUUCCCUCUUUAAUAUCUUGUUCAGGAAAGCUUUCUAGUCGAAACACACCUUUACCUAAAAAAAAUUACACACCCGUUCUUAAGUGCAGGAAAUUAGAUCUUAUAAGUAAUAAUAUCAAUUCAAGUGUGAUUAAAGAAUCUACUAUAGGUGAUAUUGUUAAAAAUGAUGUCAUUUCUUUGCAAAAACAAUUAAAAGAUUUACAAAAAGAAUUACAGGAGAAGGAAGAAAAUCUAAGAAAAUUAGAAAUGGUUAAAAUGUAUAGGAAAAAGAAUGAUUUGACACAUCUAACUAAACUCAUAACAAAAUGGCGACAAGUUUCUCAAGAUGCCUUACAAGAUUUCCAAUCAAUGUUACCAGCUCCUCAACCAACAAUGGCAGAAGUAAUACAGCAUCUACAGAUUGAUCCUCAACUCAUAAACUUUAAUUCAGAAGAAGAUACCUUUGAUUAAUAAUGAUUUGUGAUGUGAAUGUGAUGUAUUAAGGGAUGUUAUUAUUUGUUAUUUAAAAGUUACAAACUGAUUGGAACAACUUUCAACUGGCCAGGAACCAAACAUAUCAGUAUUAGAAACACAUUGUUAUCAACAUGAUACAUCAAUUUAUAAUCGUCUUAAAUUAAUACUACUGCACUGGUCUGAAACUAAAUUAAAGUACUGAACUGGUA